CCUAUCUGGCUAUGGCUUUCAAAAGUCAAAUAUCUUCAAUUCAAGAUCCAAUUCGAUAUGAUAUAUCCCGGUUCCGAUGUCGGAUCCGGGUCGAUGCCCUAAAUUAAAUCCGUCCGCAAUUCCCAACUUUCCCACAGGCGGAGCAGAAGUAGAAAGUAAAGGCAUAGACUGAUGCAGAAACGAGACCAGAGCAAGUUCACCGGCUCAGCCGGCGGCACAUCGGCACCGCCGGCGAAGAGAGGCCGCCCUUUUGGGAGCACGAACAGCAACUCCUCCGCCGGAGGCAGCGGGGGAGAUGCGGCAGCUCCUUUGAAUAUGCUUGGCCCUUCUCUCCAGGUUCACAACACAUUCGCCGAUCAAAAUCAUAAGAGGAUAGUUCUGGCGCUUCAGAGUGGGCUGAAGAGCGAGCUGACAUGGGCGUUGAACACUCUCACUCUGCUCUCUUUCAAGGAGAAGGAAGAUAUGCGCAAAGACCACUCUCUGGCCAAAGUCCCCGGCUUGCUCGACGCUCUCCUCCAAGUUAUAGAUGACUGGCGUGAUAUAGGGCUUCCUAAAGAAAUCAGCAGGAGCACUAGAGUCCGCAAUUUAGGUGCAAAUUCUCUUGUCACGGGUUUCGGCCAUGAGUACGAGGCAUUGGGAUCGCUGACUGCUCCAUCCCAUCCUGGGUCAGUAUCUACUGCAAGUGAGGCUUUGGCCAUGAAGAAUGCAGCUAAAGGUCGUUCUUCAGAGUGGUGGUCGGAUGAGGAUGGUAUUUUUAAUUUGGAUGAUGAAGGACGGGCAGAAAGACAACAGUGUGCUGUUGCUGCAUCAAAUAUCAUACGCAAUUUCUCCUUUAUGCAAGAAAAUGAAUCUGUCAUGGCCCAACACCGGCAUUGUGUGGAAACAGUCUUCCAAUGUAUCGAAGGUCACAACUCGGAGGAUGAGGAACUUGUAACAAACGCCCUUGAAACAGCUGUAAAUUUGGCUCCUGUGCUCAAUCUCCGAAAUUUGAGCUCACAAAAGUCACCUUUCAUCAAUACACCAGAGAAAAGGGCAGUCCAAGCUAUUAUGGGCAUUCUGGGUUCUUCAGUUAAAACUUGGCAAUGUGCAGCUGCUGAACUAAUAGGACGGUUAAUCAUAAAUCCUGACAACGAACCUUUCCUUCUUCCAUUUCUUCCACAGGCAUAAACCUCUUUGUUCGUGUUUUCCCUUUCCUUGCUAAGCUAAACACAAUGUGAUAUAACUUCAUUUAGCCCUGCAGAUACAUAAGCGUAUGGUGGACCUUUUGAGCAUACAAGCAGUCGAUGCCCAAGCAGCUGCAGUUGGUGCUCUCUAUAACCUAGCAGAAGUCAACAUGGACUGCAGGCUGAAGCUCGCCAGUGAACGAUGGGCGGUUGACCGGUUACUGAAGGUGAUCAAGAUGCCUCAUCCAGUGCCAGAGAUAUGCAGGAAAGCAUCGAUGAUUCUGGAGAGCUUAGUCUCGGAGCCACAGAAUAGGCCGUUGCUGCUGAUCUACGAGAAUUCUUUCGCCGAGAUUCUCUUCUCCGACAGCAAGUACUCGGACACUUUUGGGAGGAUCUUGUACGAACUCACCGCCAGGCCAAGCAGCAAGUUUACGGCAGCUCGUGGGAUUUGGGGGAUGUAUUAACACUUAACUAUUAAGUUCCAUUAAUGUAUUAUGUACAACCUGCUGCCAGUUGAAGUCACAAUCAGUUAGGCUAUCCAGACUAAUGAGUACCGACCGGCAAAGAGGAUGUUCCUGCAUUUAAAGAGCCACAGUGCUGAAGAUGACUGACUGGUCUUUGAUUCUCGUGGCCCUUGUUCGUGCCAACCUCCAGCUGUUGAGUUGAUGAAUCAGAGAAGAAACUGCUACUUUAUUUUAUUAGGUACUAAACUUACGCAAACUGUACUGUUAAAAUCCCUAACUUGAGAAAGCGAUUUCUGUUGGAGCCUAUUGUGGUCAAAGGUUUACUCAUUUUCAGUUGAACUCACUGGCAUGGCAUGUUAUGUGAUGGGUUGGCAGAUGAACAGCA